AUGUCUACAAGACGAUCAGCUCGUUUAAGUGCAGCUUCUAUUAUCACCGAGAAACCAUCUGAAACUACGUCUGCUUCUCCUGUGGCGAAAACUACCAAGGCUAUCGUUGGAAAUGGUCCAGCAGGAUCUAAGGUGCAAGCCAGCAGGAAGAGAAAGGCUGAGGCUAUAUCUCCCAAAGAAUCCGAACCAUCUCUGCCUCCCAUUAAACCAAAUCCCAAAAAGAGGAAAACUGCUUCGAAUGAAUCAUCCGACUCCCUAUCCGCCAAGAAUGCACCUCUAUCAACCCCAAAGAAAAAGAAAACCUCUUCGAUUCUUCCGCCUCCAGUGACUCCAACUCCGGCAGCUAUCGGGUCAAUGUCUAGUCCUUAUAAAGACAUUGAUGAUAGUAUGCCUCCACCUUCUGUUCCCGUUGAUCGUCUUGCAGUUCUUAAUGGAACAAAUGCUCCCUUGGUAACACCUGAAACUCAUCGACUCCUUGCCAAUAAAUCUAUGGACGAAGUAUCUCCAUCGAAGCCACCUGCAGUAAAAGUAUCAACCUCCGAUGUUUUGAACAAAGCUAUAGAGCACUUGAUCAAAGUUGAGCCGAAGUUGAAACCAAUCAUCGAGAAACACCCGUGUAAGAUGUUCUCCGCUGAGGGGUUAGCUGAAGAGAUUGAACCAUUCAGGGCGUUAGUCAGUGGGAUUAUAUCGCAACAGGUCUCCGGUGCAGCAGCCAAAUCUAUCAAGGCUAAAUUUGUAGCUCUUUUCAAUCCACCUGAUUCAGAUCCAUCUACUCAUACAUUCCCUACCCCUUCCGCUAUUGUAGCUACUGACAUAGCUAAUCUCCGUACCGCUGGUCUCUCUCAACGAAAAGCCGAAUACAUCUCCGGCCUCGCCCUCAAAUUCACAGAUGGCGACCUAACCACUCCCUUCCUCCUCAACGCCUCCUACGAAGAAGUUUUCGAUUCCCUAAUUCAAGUACGCGGUCUCGGUAAAUGGAGUGUCGAAAUGUUUGCCUGUUUUGCUCUCAAACGUCUCGAUGUUUUCAGUACCGGAGAUUUAGGAGUUCAGAGAGGAAUGGCCGCGCUCGUUGGAAGGGAUGUUGAGAAAUUGAAAAAGGCCGGAAAGGGAGCAAAAGGAGGUGGAAAAUGGAAGUAUAUGUCGGAGAAGGAAAUGGAAGAGAUGGCUGAGAAGUUCAGUCCAUAUAGAACUAUUUUCAUGUGGUACAUGUGGCGAGUAGAAGAUACCGAUAUCACUACCCUUGAAGAAUAUUCUUGA